ACAAGGUCAAAAAACAAAACGCAAAAAAAACAAAAUCAGCAUGGAUCAACAAAGUGAAGGGAUUGUAUAUAAACUAGCUGAGAGCCUCGGUUCUGCUGAUGCUGCAGUUAGGCUGAUUUUAUCCCUGUUGGCAGGGUACCCCUUGGCAUUCGCCUAUCGACUGUUCGUACACGGAAAGUCCCCUACAGCGCAACAUCUGUUCUUCAUUGCUACAGGCCUGGCCCUGGGCUACUUCAACUUUGGUUUGACUACAGUCCAUUCCUUGGCCAACACUGUACUGGUAUGGCUCUUGAUCAGAUUGCUGGGUGGAUCGGCAUCAGGUGUAGUUGCAGCUUUCAUCCUCAACAAUGUAUAUCUACUGAUAGGCUAUUUCAAUAUGACAACAGAUGGUUAUGACAUAUCCUGGACCAUUCCCCACUGCGUGAUCACUCUGCGUCUCACUGGCACGAUGUUCGACCUCUACGAUGGAAGGAAAAAAGAGAGUGAGUUAUCAGUAGACCAGAAGAAGACGGCAUUGUAUCAAUCCCCCAGCCUGCUGGAGCUUCUGGGACAUGUGUACUACUUCGGGGGAUUUCUUGUGGGACCAACUUUUAACAUGAAGCGUUACCUAUCAUUUGUGAACGGGGAAUACACGGAACAAAAGGGACCACCCAACAAUUUGUACGAGGCCGGCAAACGUUUACUGGCGGGGGUCUGGUACAUCGCCACAUUCCAGGCAAUGUCUUCCUUAUUCUUCACCGACCAAUACAUGCUGUCCCAACAGUUUCAUAAUCUUAGUUUUCUUGCCAAGUGUGCGUACAUUCUCGUGUGGGGAAAGUUGAACAUCAGCAAAUAUGUCGGAGUCUGGCUCAUAGGGGAAGGUAGCUGUAUUUUGACUGGUCUCACGUAUAACGGAAAAGACAAGAAUGGCAAUGUUCUGUGGGACGGCUGUUCCAAUGCCCAUAUUUACACCUUUGAGUCGUCAGCUACGUUCCGUGAGCUGAUCUCUGGCUUCAAUGUGAACACCAACAACUGGAUGGCCAGGUACAUCUUCAAGCGUCUGCGUUUCCUUGGUAAUGUCCAGAUAUCACAGGUUGUGACAUUGUUAUACCUGGCUGUGUGGCACGGGCUGCAUUCUGGAUAUUACAUGAACUUCUUCCUAGAGUUCAUUAUGAUCAAUGGGGAAACACAGUUGGCUGGUGUUAUACGACAGUUCCCUGGAUUACAAGCAAUCCUCUCCGGCGCUUUGUUACGACCUCUAGUCUGGUUUGUGAAGAAAACACUGCUCCUGUUCUUCGUUGGUUAUGCCCUCGUCAGCUUCGUACACCUCAAGUGGAGCAGAUACUCCCAGGUCUAUGGUUCGGUGUACUAUGUUGGCCAUGUGAUAUUUCUUGUGCUGCCUUUUUUGUGUCUGCUAGUUCGAUUACUUGUCAGAUCCCCUUCUAAACGUGAUACCAACGGAGCCUCGGUCAAAGAACCCGCAGAUGACAAGAAGACAAGUUGAGGACUAUGCCACAAAAUAUGUUCAAAUGCAACACAGUUUCGACGCAACAUAGUUCAAACGCAACAAUUUUUAAAGGCAACAUAGGUUAAAUGUAACAUAGUUCAAAUGAAACAGAGUUUAAAUGCAACAUGAUUUUAAUGCAACAUAGUUCAAAUGCAACAUAAUUUAAAUGCAACAUAGUUUAAUAGUUUAAAUGCAUCAUAGUCCAAAUGCAACAUAGUUCAAAUGCAACAUAGUUCAAAUGCAACAUAGUUUAAAUGCAACAUAGUUCAAACUCAACAUAUCAUCCACUCGUUCAGCAUUUCCAUAUAGCAAUACACAUGGCGCAAUUUGUGAUACACGGAUACUCAUGCAUUUUUUAAAGAGAGGAAAAAUGGAUUAUAUGGGCUGUUACUCUGGAAUUCAGUUGUUUCCAUUGAUUUUUGAUUUUUUUCAUAUUUUUGAAUGUUUCUGUUUGUAAAACUGUGCAUAAUUUAAAAUUAGUUUUAUUUAUACUUUAAAUUGUUCAUUUAGCCAUAUAAGCCCGCCUUAAAACAUUGUUGGUUUGAAUUUGCCUGACUGACAGAUCUAUAUAAGCUGCUUUUCCAUGUUUUAUUUUUAAAGCUCAAAUAAGAAUGAAAUAGUAAUAAAAUGUUUUCCUGUUUAUUGUUGAAUCUUCAAUGCAGUCUUAAAAUAAAAAUAAUCAGGACUUUAAGAUUUUCUUUUAAGAUAUCUUUGUUUACCAUAAGCGAGUAAAUAAGAAUUUAAAAAAGAAUCUGUAAGAAUUUUAUUAGUAUUUGUGUUUCGUGGUGGCUGUGUGUCAGUAUUUAUUAGUAAACUUUGUUUCCAUAAGUGUAUUUAUGUUUGUUUUUGGUUUUGUAAAACAUUUUGAAAGAGUGUUCAUAGCAAUAUAUAUGGAGCAUUUGGUUUCAAACUAUUUUGCAAUGCUUCAUCGUUUAAUUGAAAAUUUGAUAGUUAGGUUGUGACCAAGCAAUUCAAUUUUCUUUGUGAUGUUGUCUAUCUUCUGAAUGCUUAUAAUAAUAAGAGAUUUAACAUUGUUCUUUACAAAACAGAGAUAUAUUUGGAAGAGUACACAGCUGGGUAAACCAAAUUGGACUCCCCUAAUAUAUUGUGUAUUUUACAGAACUAUGUUAAUAAUUUAUUAUUUCUGUACCUUUAUUAUUCCAAAUGGUGUUAUUAUAUAUAUGUAUAUAUAUUAUUAUCAGAAUUUGACAACAUUUUGACGUUUUGUUUGUUUGUUUGUAAAACAAACGAGAAUGGAUCAUGGUUAUUAAAGAAGAUGAGGGGAGCUUAUUUACCCUUGCUAUCUGGUUAUAUUUACACCUCAACUUCCAUUCCUUAAAUGAACUACCUUUAGGCAAUUGCGUUCAUCAAUUGAUGAACGCAACAUCUUCGGAUAUGUUCGGAUCGCAAUUCAUCGCAUAACAAUAUACAUGAAAACUAUUGAUCUUGUUAUUGUUUGUAUUGUGUCAACAGGUCCCGUAAAAUAUAAAUCACCAUUUUAGAAAGUGCUAAGUUAUUAUAUUUUAAACGUUUUGUUGCCCAAAGAGUUUCAAUUUUACGUUUAAAAGUGAUUUCAAGUGGUUGAUCUUUUCCCGCGUUAUUGUGACGUCAUUUGAAAAAAAUGUUUUCAGUAACAGUCGGGUCGUCCUAUUUACAGAAUGGGUCAGAAAGGAUUACUGAAAGGUAAUCCAAAAUGAAAUUAAGUAUUUUUUUAAUGUUUUUUGAACAAAAUAAUGAACUAUUGGUGUAAAUAUAAGGAAUGAAUUGCGGGGUUGAUGUCAUUAUCGGGGAUAUGUCAACGCAAUUGUGCUGGUCAAAGUACGCGUGGAGUCCUUCGGAGUCCACACAUUUAGACCAGCCCAAUUGCGUUUAUACCCCGAUAAAGACAUCAAACCUGCAAUUCAUUCCUUAAAUAACAAUUUUGAGAGCAAUAUACCGGUACAUUGUUAAAAGCCCAGUUAUGUACGGUAAGAUUAUACUUUGAGCAUAUCCAGCAAACAUUUCUUUUUAGUGAAAGCGUUGUAGGCUUGUACAAGUUUGGACAACUGUUUACCCAUUGUGUUCAUCAGUCAUACAAUUAUCUAUUCUGCUUGAGAAAAGAUUAAGGAAUAGACAUAGCUGUGAUAUUCAUGAUUAGUGUCUCUGAAACACCUUAGUUUAGAUAUUACUCAGAAAUUUGUCAAGAUACUCAUAUGAAAGCUGGUUUUAUUUACAAUCCAAGCUCCAAUUUCUCAAAGAAAUCAUCAGCUUAUGUAUUUUAUUUCAUUUAGCCAGAAUAUUUACUUAAUCUUGAUUUUAAAAAAUAAAGUAUAGUUUAUCAUGAUUAUUAUGAAGAUAAUUUCAUUUUAAAGUCACAGAAUCUUUUUACAGAACUUAUCAUUAAAUCAAAAUAAAGGAUUUUUUACAGAACUUAUCAUUAAAUCAAAAUUAAGGACUCUUUAAUUAGGGCCAGGUAAGGAUAACAAUCAUAUUGCUUUGGCUGAAAUAUUGACAGAGUUAUUUCCCUUUAACAAGUAAGAAAAAUAGAAAAUGCUUUUGCUUGCCAAGCUUGUGUGAUAGAAAUAACUUGCACCAUUCCCUGUACUGUUAUCAGUAUUUUAUAUAUAUUAGCUUGCUUUCAUAUUAGCCAAGCUGGUAAGUCAGAAUGGCUCAGGAAUUUGUAGAUUCCUACCAACUAACAUAUUUGUUAAUUUUUGACAUUGGAGCCCUUUAAUAAAAAAGCUUACCAGCAAAACUGAUAAAUUUGGUUAAGAUGCAACAAUUGUUGACCUUAAGUUUAAAGAAAUUGGUCCUUUACAUCCAGUUUGUGGAAACAAGUAAUUCAAGCCAAAGGAGUUCGAGCCAAUGGUAGGUUUGUAUUAUAUUUAAUUAAUUAAAUGGUAUUUUAUAUAUUAUUAAGUCAUUGUAUCAUAUUUAUUUAUUCAAGAAAAGUGACUUGAGUUAGGAAAAUGACUGAAUGUUUCAUGAGUACUGGACUUGAUGUAUUGGAAUUGGAAUACAUUUUAAAAUUACUUAUGAAUUUUGAUUUGUGAUUCCUAUCUUGCUCUAUGGGUAAAUCUGAUGCUAAAUAUCACCUGAACACCUCAACUUGUGUAAAACCUAUCCCUAUUUUUUUAAUUUCUUGACUAAAAUUGUAAAUAAGUGAAAAUUAAAGCUUGUUCAAUUGAUAAA